AUGUUCGGCGGCGUGAACAAGCGCUACGAGCACGAGAGCGCGACUCUCGGGUGCACCAUGAAAUUCUCCAUCUACUUCCCGCCCGCCGCCACCUCCUCGCGCGUCCCGGUGAUCUACUGGCUCUCGGGUCUCACCUGCACGGACGAGAACUUCAUUCAAAAGUCGUUCGCGCAGAAAUACGCCUCAGAGCACGGGGUCGCCCUCAUUGUUCCCGACACCUCGCCCCGCGGGUUGAAGGUGGAAGGGGAAUCGGACAACUGGGAUUUUGGUGUAGGUGCUGGCUUUUAUGUAAACGCCACAGUGCCCAAGUGGAAGAACUGGCAGAUGUACGACUAUGUGACUGAGGAGCUCCACCGGAUUUUGUCCGCUCACUACACUAAUCUGGACAUGCAGCGGUGCAGCUUAAUGGGUCACUCUAUGGGGGGACACGGCGCGCUGAUUAUCUUCUUCAGAAAUUCCACCAAGUAUAAGUCCGUGUCCGCAUUCGCCCCCAUCUGCAACCCCACGGAGUGCCCCUGGGGGCAGAAGGCCUUCACGGGGUAUUUGGGGGACGAUAAGGCAGCCUGGGAGGAGUAUGACGCCACAGCGCUCGUGAACCAGUACCCAGGGCCAAAGGUUGACAUUCUCAUCGACCAGGGCGACAGCGACAAGUUCGACCACGAGAAGCAUCUGCUGCCGGAGGUGGGCGACAGCGACAAGUUCGACCACGAGAAGCAGCUGCUGCCGGAGAACUUCCAAAAGGCUCGCACGGAGGCAUCGUGA